AUGCCGCUGCACCUCAACCUCCACGGCCACGAUGUUCCGCUGUGGUGGGUCAUCGGCGGCGCCGCCGUCGCCCUCGCAGCGCCCCCGCUUCUCUUCGCGGCCGCCUUCGCUAGCAGAGUGAAGACCAAACCCAACCGACACCGCACAGUCACUAUCCUCGUUCUCGGCGAUAUCGGGCGUAGUCCGCGCAUGAUGUACCACGCUGAGAGCUUCGCCCGGUCAGGCUGGGACACAUUCGUCGUCGGAUACGGAGACACACCGCCCAUCCCCUCCCUCCUCGAGACGCCCCGCGUCCAUCUCCUGCACGUCGCGAACCCGCCAAAACCGCUUCUGAAGCUGCCGUGGAUCUUCCGCGCCCCGAUUCGCGUCAUCUACCAGAUCUUCAGCGUCCUCUGGCUCACCGUCUUCGUCGUGCCAUGUAACACGCAGGUUCUCAUGGUCCAACUCCUGACGUGGGCGACGGGAUGCAAGCUCAUCAUCGAUUGGCACAACACGGGCUACUCUAUCCUGGCAAUGCGCGUUGGCGAGCAGAGCCCCUUGACCCGUCUCGCGAAGUGGCUUGAGCGCACCUAUGGACGAGAGGCCUACGCUCACCUCUUCGUGACGAAAGCGCUGCGAGACUACCUGACGAAUGCCUGGGAUCUCCAUGUCGUGUUCCACGACCGGCCACCUCCCAACUUUGGGCGGACCGAGGUCAUCUCCCGAUUGAACUCCAAGGACAUCCGAAAGACGGCCUUAACGCACAUGGUGGACGGCUGUCCGGAGCUGCGCCCCGACCGACCGGCCUUCAUCGUCUCCUCAACCUCUUGGACGGCAGACGAGGACUUCUCCCUCCUCCUCCAGGCUCUGGACAAGUACCAAGCCGCAAAGGCGCGGGAUCCGUCCCUCCCCCGCCUCCUAGUCAUUAUCACCGGAAAAGGCGCCGGCCGCGCGCCCUUCGAGGCCGAGGUCGCGAAGCGAGAAAAGUCCGGCCAGUGGCCCGAUGUCGCUGUGCGCUGCCUCUUCGUCAGCGCGAAGGACUACCCCGUCGUCCUCGGCUGUGCGGAUCUGGGUAUCAGCAUGCACCAGUCGAGCUCGGGGCGCGACCUUCCCAUGAAGGUCGUCGAUAUGUUUGGAUGCGACGUCCCGGUGCUCGCGCGCGAUUUCGCCUGCAUCGACGAGCUCGUCAAGGACGGCUCGAACGGGCGAAUCUUCAACACGGGCGACGAGUUGGGAGAUCAGCUUAUCGACACGCUCUCCGGCUUCCCCUCCGCGCCGAAACUGGACAAGCUGAGCCAAUUCUUCCGCCAGCAGACCGGCGCCUCGACCCCGCAGCGCCGGUACAUCCCUUCCGGCGUCGAGGCCGAGUGGUGCACGUGGGACGAGAACUGGGACGCCGUCAUGCGCCGCGGCGUGCUGGACUUCAAGGGACGGCAGGGCAGUCCGUUUGGAAGCCCGGCGCCGGCGUCGGAGAAGCUCCGCUGA